UUAAAAGCAGACAUGACAAGACUCUCUACUAUCAGUGAGUUGCUGGAUGAAGACACAUUUUUGCCAGUGCCCAUGCUCAGGUCUCAAGCGCUUUUCUGCAAGCAGCAGGCUGAGUACUUCUACGAGUUCCUGUCUUUGCGCUCUUUGGAUAAAGGCAUAAUGGCUGAUCCAACUAUAAAUAUCCCUCUGCUUGGAACAGUUCCUCAUAAAGCAUCAGUUGUUCAGGUUGGAUUUCCUUGCCUUGGAAAACAAGAUGGGGUCGCUGCAUUUGAAGUGAAUGUGAUCAUAAUGAAUUCAGAAGGCAAUAUUAUUCUCCAGACCCCUCAGAACGCCAUCUUCUUUAAAACCUGUCAGCAAGCGGAGUGUCCAGGAGGAUGCAGAAACGGAGGAUUUUGCAACGAAAGACAUGUCUGUGAAUGUCCAGAUGGAUUUUACGGGCCUCACUGUGAGAAAGCACUGUGUGCUCCUCGCUGCAUGAACGGUGGGCUCUGCAUCACCCCCGGCCUCUGCAUCUGUCCCCCGGGGUUCUACGGCAUCAACUGCGACAAAGCAAACUGUACAACCACCUGUUUCAAUGGAGGAACGUGUUUCUAUUUGGGAAAAUGCAUUUGUCCUUCGGGCUAUGAAGGAGACCAGUGUGAAAUUAGUAAAUGCCAUCAGCCCUGUCGAAAUGGAGGCAAAUGUACUGGUAAGAAUAAAUGCAAGUGCUCCAAAGGCUACCAGGGAGACCUGUGUUCAAAGCCGGUCUGCGAACCCAGCUGUGGCCUGUACGGCACCUGCGCUGAGCCCAACAAAUGCCAGUGCAAAGAAGGCUGGCACGGGAGACACUGCAAUAAAAGGUACGGAGCCAGCGGUCUGAGCGCCCCGAGGCCAGCAGGCAGCAAGCACAGGCAGCACACGCCUUCGCCAAAAAAGACCGAGGAGCGGCAUGUUCCACCCGAAUCCAAUUAUAUCUGGUGAACUCCAACAUCUGAAAUGGUUCGUGUUACACAAAGUUCAUAGCCUUCAUUAACCUCUCACGGAUUGAAUGUUAAAAUGCUGUUCAUUACAGUUAAGAUUACCGGCUGGAAUUUUAUUAGCUUCAUUAUAAACCACUGAGCUGAUAUUUACUAUUCCUUUUAAGUUUUAUAAAUACUUCUAUAGCAUGAUUAUAUAGGCUUCUUCUUUCAGUGCUUUGGAUGGUGUUUUGUACUAUACUUCAGUUAUGUUUGAACUUCCUUUUUUUAAUUAUAUAGCUGCAAAUAUUUUCCAAAAAUUAAGUAACAAUAUUCAAGCAGAAAACCUCAUAGAUGCUAACCUGAAUCAUUUCAACGGCUACAGAUUUAAUUUGCCUAAGACAAAAGAAAGGUACCUUUUACAUUUUUGCUAUUGUGUAUUUAGACUUUUGCCUAAGAAAAAUAAAUAAGUUACCUAAUUUAAAAAACCUAAUAAUUCAAUGUUAUUUUUGGCCUUACAGUUUUGCAAAGUACUGCAUAUUAAAAAUAGACUGCGGUGGUGCCAUUUAAGCAACAUAAUAUAUUGUAAACAAAGUAGAACUAUACUGUAUGAACUUUCUGCAUCGGCUUGAGGCAAUAUAAUAUAUUGUAAACAAAACAGCUCUUAUGUAAUAAACUUUUUAUACUGAUGGUUAUGUAUAAAAUAAAGAGGCUGCUUUAGUUUUUUGA